AUGUCUCUUGUACGCAAUUCGAUUAUUGUGCAGUCCAAAUCGACACCAUAUGUUGUACGCCAUGCAAUUCUUUUAUGUGCCAAGCAUCACAAUGAAUAUUGCUGGCAAAAGCAACGAAUUGGUCAACGAGAAAUUGUAGGGCCAUCAAGCGGUGGUUAUCAUUUUAUUGACUCAACAGAUCGUCCGUAUCCACCGUUGAGAUUUCGAGCGGAUGAUGAAAUCAUUAAACCGAUUCGUGAGAAAGAAAAAGGUGACUGGCACAAAUUAACAAUGGAAGAAAAGAAAUUGUUGUAUAGAUAUUCAUUCCAGCGAACACAAGCCGAACUGUUGGGAUGGAAUGUCUACUGGAAAAUGUAUUGGGCCUAUAUAUUUAUUUGGAUUUCAAUUGCUCUCGGAGUAGUCGGUGUACUCAAACAUUUCAGUUAUCCUCCUCAGGUACCCACAUUGAGUGAUGACUGGAAGCAUGCAGCAAUGCGAAGAAUACUGGUAUUGGAGAAACCGUUCCCUGAAGGAGCAGCAACGUUGUACGACUUCGAAAAGGAUCGUUGGAAGGAUUGA